UGAUCCAUUUUAAUCGCAAAAUUUUGGCAUAAUCCUUUCCCUCACGCCCUCACUGUGGAUACCUCCUUGUCCUAUACUUCACAAGUUCAAUGUUUGUACUUGCGAAUCUUGCCUUUUUGUCUCUUAUCCCACAGCGACAAUGCAGGCUCAUCACAAAGUGCAGUUACUCGGUGUACAUGUUUGGCACUUACAAAACAACACUAUUCAUCUUAUCCCAACUCUUUAUAUCAAAUGAUACCUCGCGGUCUGGACGAAGCGAUCAUUCUCUCAACCGAGUGUUCUCUUUCAUAUUUCGUCAUGUUCGCCUGAUUGAGAUGGCGUCUCGAUCAACAUGCCCCUGGCUGGAACGGAGCAUUACUGUCCUGCCGACGCGGGGUGUGUCUCACCUGGCACUAUUUCACUUGUUGUUGCCUUUCAUUCUCUGCUAUCAUUGUUAUGGAUUGGUGAAUCAUCUGGUUGCGGUCGCAUUGCAUUGGAAUUGUACGGAUUUGGUUAUAUUUGGGUUGGAAUACUGGAAUUGGGACUCGCAUCAGGAUCAUGGGUUUUGGGAGGAUCGGAAUAUAUCUGGACUGGACUGGCAUGGCACAUGGGAACGAUGACGGAGGACUGUACUAUCACUUACCUUGUAUAUAUUUGGGACUGACGACUAAUGCAACCUGGUACCCCACCUAAUGAACGAUCAUCA